GUCUUCUUCUUCAGCAUGGAGGGCGAGGCAACCGGCCUCACCGGUCCGACAUUAAUCUCAUCAAACACCAUGGCAGCUAUAAGACACACCCUCCAGAGGGAAGUUUUUCAGCCUAAUGAUGAACGCUUGUUGGCAGUGAUGCACGUUAGUAAAGUCCUGAAAAAGAAGAAGAUCAGCUAUCUAUGCCUAGCUGUUACAAUGGAAACACCAAUUUGUGUAACUAUUUAUCAGGUAAAGAAAACAGACAAAAAUGUAUUGAAAAAGAAACGGUCUUGGCAACUUAAUACUUUAAGAGUCGUCGAUGGGCGAACUCCUAACCUGGACUGUAAUGACUUGGACCUACAUUUUGAGAAGGUGUUCCGAUGGUACUGUAGUAAUAUACAAGAGAGACAAAAUUUUCUUGUCCUGCUUUGGAAGCAAUGCUGCAUUCAUUUACCCAAGGAAAAGCCAGAAUUCCGAAAUCUACCUGAAGACUGGAUUGGUGACCCUGGAUUAUUGCCAGAAACUCAAGUAAUACUGACUCCAGGGUUUGUUGAACCAACAGAAGCUGAAGACUAUCAUGCCCUCACUGACCGAGAACAGCAAGACUUGGAAAAACUUAUGUCUCAAUGUGGAUUUGCUAUCAGUAAUGCAGAAGCAUUUAUGGAAAUGAUUGCAAGGGAUUUGUCUGUCCUUGACGGGGAAAAUGUUCAAAGUGUCUUGGCUUCACAAGAGCAAGUAGAAAUGCUUAUGACACAAAUUGAGGCUGCUUUAACCGAGGUGGAUGUCGUGGAGACUCGUCUUAACAUGUACGAAGAAGUGAUAAGUCAUGUCAGGGAUGCAUUGGAAAAAAUGGAAGAGAAAAACUCAAUGAUCAAUAUUGUGAACUGUAAUAAUCAAAAACUUCUGGCAGAACUAGAAAAUGUUAUUUUCCAACUUGAACUUGACGGCAAGCACCAAGCAGCAUUAACUGAAGCAGAUCUUACUAGUGCAACUGGUUUGGCUGAUGCCAUUGCGGCAGGCAAAGCCCUCCUAAAUGCAAUGAAUGCCGAAAUACACCCAGCUCUUCUAAGAAUGGCUGCUGUUCAGGAACAGAGGAAACGGUUUGAUAAAUGGAAAGCCAAGUUCUCGCAAACAAUAUCUAGGCAUCUGAACAACCUCUUCAUUCACCUUGGUAAUGAUGCUGGAGAGACCUUAAGUUUUCAUGCAAAUGAAUUAACUUUGCCAAGGCACGAAUCUAUCCACAGGGACUUGGUAGUCUAUGCAGAGCUUAUGCAUUGGAUGAAAGCAAUGGACCGAAAAGCUUAUACUGCAUUAAUGCGAGUUUACACUGGAGCUAUUAGUAAACUUUAUGAUAGAGACACCAAACAGUUUUUUGAGGAGGCAAAGCUUAGAAUUUCAGGUCUUCGGACUGACAAGAAAGGUAAAGGUAGUGGAUCACGGGAAGAUCUUGCAGGCAAACUAAAGCAGGGAGCGGCCAAUGUGGUCAGUGGAGUCUCUGGGGGAGCAGCUGGAGGCACGUUGACUUUGCUGUUAGGAGUGGAAAGAGAUCAGUGGGGCACUGAUGCCAGUGCUAGUGCAGCAGAGAGGCGCCGCUUUGAUGAAGUAUUAGAGCGUGUCUUGGCUCAGCUGGAGCCUGUUUGCCUUGCAGAACAGAAUUUCUGCAUAUCAUUUUUCCAGUUAGAUGUUUUAUCUCCUUCCACAAAGAAUACUCAAACAACAUUAGAUGGUUUGAUUGCUGAAGGGGCUGGAGUGCCACGAGAAGAUGUUGAUCCGUCUGUUCCUCUCAAACGUGCUGAGAAACAGGUAAAUGAAGAAGUGCGUCGUAUGAUGGCAGACCUCUUUGGGUGUAUUGAACCCGAACUUGUCAACUUUGUAAGCCACUAUGAGAAAGUAGAUAGUUUUUAUUGUAUGUAUGUGCUGGUGAGACUCAGUCAACAUGUAAUGUCAGCUCAGGACACAGGUUCCUUCCUCAGUAUGAGUUUUGCCUCUGCCCUUGUACAAGUGAAAAGAAAUUUUGACCGGUUCAUGCAAGCUCAACUUCGAUCUAUUGAAGACACCAGACCAAAUAGGAAGGGUACAUGUGGAAUCCUUCCUUUUGUUGAUAAUUUUGAGGAUUUUGCACGAACGUCUGAGGAAAUAUUCAAAAACUCAGACCGUAGGGCUGACUUGGAUAAGUGGUACACUAAAUUAGUUUCGGCUAUGUUUGAUGCCAUUCCGCGCAUUGCUGCUGAACAUCCCAAAACUCCAAGUGAAGUUGUGAAAAUGGAAAACUACCACCAUCUUUUUGCCCUACUUUCUCAACUGAAGAUUGGUGUUCUUGAUAACCUCCGCAAGGAGGCUAAACAGAGGUAUAAUGAUGCCAUGCGUGCUUAUGUUACUCGCUAUUUCGGGCGACCUCUAGAAAAGCUAAAUCAAUUCUUCGAUGGAGUUCAAGCUAAGGUCAAUCAAGGUGUCAAAGAAUCAGAAAUCAGCUACCAAAUGGCUUUCAGCAAACAAGAGCUCCGCAAAGUCAUAAAAGAGUAUCCAGCAAGGGAAGUGAAGCGUGGUUUGGUGAACCUUUACCGUAAAGUAGAUAAACAUCUCUGUGAGCAGGAGAAUUUACUGCAGGUUGUGUGGCGAGCAAUGCAAGAAGAGUUCAUACAACAAUACAAAUCUGUAGAGGAUUUGAUUCAACGUUGUUAUCCAGGAUCUAUGAUAGCUCUGGAAUUCACCAUAAGUGAUAUUUUAGAAUUCUUUUCAGAAAUAGCUAGAUCUCAUUAGUUACAGCAUCAAACUUAGAUAAAACAAAUACUGUCGAGCAUUCUCAAUAUUGUCAUGUUGAUUUUUUAGAACUAUAUUUUUUCUGUAAAAUGUUAUCUAAUGUUAAAUAUUUAUCUUACUUGUAAAUAUGCCUUUGCUUUGUUCUGAUCUGGUCCUUAAAUCAUCUUAAAUGCAUUAAUGCUUAAGGACUACAUCACAUAGUUGAUUGAAUUGUUGAAUAUUUCCCCUCUGGAAAAAAGUUGUAAAUUAGAUGAAUUUUAACAAGAAAUAAAAUUAGCCAUAAUCAUCUGGAUGCAAC